AUGCGACUGGCGACGGCUCGUGGAAAGCAGAAACUGCACCAGGGUGACGCAGAUUCUCGCUUUCCCAUGCCGUACCCCGGCGUCGGCAGCGAUCGGCGGGAGGCGCCGUACACGGCCGAGAUCUGCGAUUGUGACACCGCUAUCCCGAAGAGGCCAUCAAGUGCCCCAUUGGUACGCGGCGGCCAUCCGGUUAGGCCGCCAAGUGCCCCAUCACCACGCGACCGUCAUGAUCACCAGGAUAGGACGAGGAGCAAAAGCAGUGACGGUGGGAUGCUCGUGGCGCUAUCUCGCAUGGGAGGCGGCUCGGACUACGCUCCUAGAGAGUUACGCAUCAUGAAGUGGGUGGUUCUUCGAGAAACGUACCUGACCAAGCUCCAUGGGGUCGUGUCGGCCUACGGCAAGCGGGCCAGAUCUAAGGCCACCACCAACGGGAACGACCGGGCGUCAAAUGGUCUAAACGACCAUAAGCGACGGUCGCCAAAGUUGUUUGCCCUGCUCACAGAGCUGCUGGCUGUGCUGCGGCGCAUCACAGUGGAGAUUGUGGAGGCCGUGGAGAGAUGGAGGAGAGGCGACAAGGAGAGACCAUUUAUCUGGGGAUCGUCAAACUACCUGGUGAAGGCCGCCGGUGACAUCGAGUUCCUCUCGCGCCUCCCGGGGCUGGAAGAACAUCUGGGCGUGCUCGUUUCUAACAAUCCGUUCCUGUCCCACAUUGGUCUAGACGGGCGCUCUGCUGUCCUCGACCGCUCUUCCAUUCGAUCUAGAUCGGGCAAAUUUCCCCUCAGCGCCUCGGGGUCGCUCGGUGUGUCCGCAGAACGCGUGGCGGCUGCUUCGGCCGUGCUAUACCGCGAAGUUCGGCGCACGCAGCGACGUCAACGUUGGGAGCAGGAGGAGAAUAGGGGGACUAGGCUACGUUCGGGCGACCCAACACCGAUUUCUAGCUCGUCUGGCAGGAGGCGACGCCCGGUCAGCUCAUCUGGAAAGCGCAGCCCGGCUGAUUCCGGGCAGGACAGAUCCGAUGACAAUAGAAUUACCUCCAGGUACGGCGACAUACCGAAACGACGCCCACCAUCUUCGAACCCAGCAGUAGCAGCAGCUGAAGAGUCACGCAGUGCCUCCGCUUCUUCUGGCGGCAGCCGUUUUUCCGAUAGACGGCGUGGAGUAGAGUAUCGGGAAAAACGCCAUUACGAGAACCAACCUGCAUCAAAGGAGGAGGAAGAGGAGCGGGGGGGUAAGGAGGAGGAGGAAGAGCGGCAGAAGAUCCAUCACGCUUGUGUUGAUGACGAUCGUGGGCGAGUUAGUCAGGCUGUUCCGCACAGAUCCUCCACAGCACGCAAGCUGUCAGAGGCGGAGAGUGGCCCAAAACACUCACAAGGUCUUCCUAGGAGGUCCCUCUCUUCGAACCGCGGGGCCGUAGAUGUUGGCCCACAUCAUGCUCCUCGUUCAACUGGUGAGCACCACCUCCCGGACGGAGUGACUCCGUACCACAACGAACGACGGACGACCGAGGUGCCGGGUGUCCGCGACAACCCUGGUGAUGGUUUCCAAAGACAGGUGCGUCCUCAACACGACCGACGGCGGUCGACUGGGUCGAGCGAAUCUGGACACGCUCAGGGGGCGGCGACGCGAGGAUACUACACAACAGAGGCGGAGGACGAGCGUGAAGAAUCAAGUGCUCUUCCACCUGACGACCAGAGCCUUGACUACCAGAACGGGGGGGUGAUGUAUGCCGACGACAAUCGCCACGAACGGCAGGGUGAAGGGUACGAGUAUCGUAAAGACGCCCAAAACCUCGGCUACUACUACGAGGAAGGACGAUACUACGGGUACGCUGAAGACGAGGGUCAGCAAGGCUACGAUACUCGUGACGCCGCUGUAGAAGACGAGCGGUGCACCAACGCCGAUGGGUAUCCGGCGGCUAAUGUAGACAUGAGCGACGGACAUCGCGUGGAUGAUCCGGGGCGCUAUCUUGACGAUACGGCAGGGGGCGCCAUCCUUACACAACCUCCAGACGACGCCCCGGUUGAACAACCAAGCGAGACGCACUAUCAACAGAUUGGCAAGGCAGCAGAGGCAGCAGAAGCAGAAGCGGUGGUUCACUCAACACAAGCCCUAUCUACGGAAGAGACGAAGUCAUCCGAUGAUCCCGACCCGCAAGACGGAGCCCAUGGGAGGAUGGGGCGGCGAGGGUCUCCGUUCAACCUCAUUUUCAACAUGUGCGACGGAAUGCUCACCGACUUGAAGGACCUCGGGGGGGAUGGACGUACGUAUGGCGCAGUAGACGAGAGCUACGACGUUCAACCUUCGACGCCGGACGGUGUACAGGAGGCGUCCGGCCACAACAACGAAGAGUUGCUUACAGCCGCUACCCACGGGUGGGAGGUGCACCAGGAAGAGGAGGCUGCGCGCACUACGGCAGCAAGAGAACAACAUGUCCCCGGGCGGGAAACGGAAAGGGGACCUCCUCCUCCUGUUCUACGCGGCGCCGUUUACGCAAGUCUAACCAGGAACAUUGCCGCGACCAGAAAAGGAGAAGGUCUUGAAUCGAAGAGAGGUUCGUCCGGAAGCGACCAAGUCAACGUGGAAACCUCUAAUCGCACGUUGGCAGACUCUUUUGUGGCAUGGGCCGAAAGCACCGAGGGCCGACGGCGCCACCGUGACACAAAAGCUGCGAAACAUUACCGUCUCGGCCGGCUUCGGCACGGCAUGUCCGCUUGGGAAAGGCACAGGGCUACCUUCCUCGGUGGCCGCAUGGCGGAGGCGUUCGCCGGCCGGUUCGGCAUGUCCUCACGGAUCUUCGUACGGUUCGCGUUCGAAGCCCUCCGGGCGUACGCCAAGGGCGCGCGCAUCGUCACGAGGAACCGCUCAGCGAUGGGAAAGCUUGUCUCCCAUUUGGAACGGUUCGGGAGAGCCAGGCUACGGCAGGCGUGGCGACGGUGGGCAUUGCCAAAAAUGGGACCGGAGCACUGGCGGCCGGAACACGCCGAGGCCCUGAGGCAGCUGUACCGGCACUGGAGUAUGGGGCGGCAGCGGGGGGCUUUGGAAACGUGGCGGCGACAUGAGCUGCGGCAGCACGGGCUUGGCGCUGAGCCCUCCCGUUCUUUCAUCCGCACGGCUGGAAGCUUCGCGUCAUUUAAGGGGAAACUGAGGGCUGCAGGAUCAUUUCCAAAUCUAAAAGCCGCACCCACUUCGAAUGCUUCAAAAUCGGGGGGAUUGGCGCCGCCACCCAAGGGCGUUCGCCAGCAGGAGACCUCUGCAACGGCUAGUGCGAGUGGCAAGGACGAGGACAGCUGGGCGGAAUGGUUAGGCAACGAGGCUAGCGUCUCCGUCGUGUCUCCGGACGGUGACAGGAGAAGCCAGAUAAAAGUGACAGCAAGUAGCACGACCAACAACAAGACGGUUAAUCGAUCCUCGGCGUUGUCUCCGACGCGCUCUUUCCGUGGACUGGGGACGGCGAUCAAGUCUAUGAAGUCGUUCCGUGACGGACGAGAUAAGAGUCAGGUGAGGCUUGUGAGGAGCCAAGACAUGGUGGCGUCGGCCUCGAUCAGUUCUGACGUAGUUGUAGGGACGAGAACCACAACUCGAUUUCGACGCUUUGCUUUGGUCCAAAGUACUAGGUGGAAAGCAGGGAACACAUACACGCUACACUGCAGUCAGGCUCGGCACUUCGCCGACAAACGCACCAAGCUCCGUGGCGAAGCCGCCAAGCGGCGAUCGAGGGAAAACGCCGCGGUAACUAUCCAGAGGGCUCUGUGGAGAGCUCCGCGAGAGCGACGGAUUGCCGCAAGAGCCUCCAACAGCGCGUCACUGAUCCAGAGGAUGUGGAGGCUGCAGUCACGGAGGUGGCGAGCAGGGUUCCGACUGGUCAGGGCUUGGCGGGCAAGAGUUCGAGCUCGCGUCGCAACGCUCGAUCGAGCUCUUGUAGAGGCGGCGAGCGAGGGGGACCUGCGUGCAGUGGCGUUCCUGCUACAUCCUCCCGCGGCGACGGUGACGAUAGGGUCGUGGGUGAGGUUGGGGGGAGCGUCGGAUGUGAACGCGGUGGCAGGAAGCGAUAGCGAAACGGCUCUGCACGCGGCAGCGGCAGGUGGAGGAGGUUGGAGUGGCGAAGAUCAUCGUCAUGCGCCGGCCACGUGGGUAGAAAAUCGUGUCAGGGAUGGUGCUGAGGCUGCUGUGGGUCGAAGGGGUUCCUCCACACUCGCACCGAUGGCCCCAGCAGCCAAGAGCGGCACAAACCUUGCUGGGGAUCUCUCAGAUGUAGACGGGCGACGUGACGACAGUGGUCACUGGUUGAGAGGGCGGGGGAAUGCCCCUAACUGGGCCGGUGUCAUCCAGGCUCUGGUCGAAGCGGGGGCGGCGGUGGAGGCGAGAGAUAGGAGAGGCUUUACGCCGAUGAUGACGGCCGGCGAGAAGGGCAACAGGGAGACGGUCGCGGCUCUUGCGAACAGCGGCGCCGAGGUGGACGCGAAGGAAGCGCGGGGCGGGAAGAGGACGCCGCUUGUUAUAGCUGCACAGAGAGCCGUGAACGCAACUAACGAGUCGGCGGGAAUGACGCCGCUCCACCUGGCGGUCGUCAACGAUCAGCACGCCGCGGCGCGGCUUCUCGUCCACUCCGGAGCGAACGUUUGCCUGCCAGAUGCUCGCGGCCUCACUUGCCUUCGGCUGAGCAUCGAGAUGGCCGACGCCCCCACGGUUGCGCUCCUGCUUGCGGCGGAACCUCCGGCGGACCUCAGCGUCAAAGACGAGAACGGAGGAACCGUCCUCCACGCUGCAUGUAGGCUGGGCCUUACCGACAUAGCGCGACUUUUGCUGGAACACGGAGCGGACCCGCACGCCAGGGACGCCCGCGGAAGGACCCCCGAGCUGGUGGCGCUCGAUCUUGAUCAUGGUGACUGUGCGGGACUCUUCUACAACGUCGACAUACACAGCUAUAUUCCAAACGACGGUGGUGGUGACAAUUCGUCCAAGGAAAGUACACCAUGGGACGGAGAGGCAAGAGGAGAAGACAACCGCAGGAACGAAAACAGGCACGGCGAGCGCGAUAUCGACGGCAGUAACAGCGACGAUGACAGUGGAAUUGACAAAGCGCAAAGGGCAGCGGAAGGCGCGGCGGUGCAGGAGGAGGAGGAGGAGGAGGAGGAGGAGGAGAAAUGGGAUAGAGAUACAGCAUAUCAAGAGCGGGAAGAAACGGAGGAAGAGGGAGCAUGGGCCACUGAUAACCUUCGCGAGGGCUUCGCGGAGGCUGUUGGAGCCGCUCGGCGCGCGUCCUCCUUGUCGAUGCCGGCGCAGGCGGGGGUCGAGGGGUCGAGCUAUAUCGGUGAAUACACCGAACGGGCGCUUCACACGGAAAUCUCGAAGAGCUACGAGAGCAAGGGUUGGCAUGAGGGUAAUGGUAGGGGUGGGGUCGACGCGGAAGAAGAAGGACCUGAGUGGAUAUGGUCCGAGGUGGAAGGUUGGAUCCGCGGUGCAGGCAGCGGUAGCGGGGACCCUGCCGCGUCUCGAGCCCAACCCCCGGCGGCACCCAACGAAGACAACCGCGGCCCAGGAGCUACAGAAGCAGCAGCGGUAGCAGGUGACCUGUACACCGAGCCUCGCCAGAGCGCGGAUUGGCAGCAGUCAUAUGAUUAUUCAAGCUACGGGGCAACUAACGGCGGUAGCGAUAGCAACGACCCGGGCUACCGGAACAGCUGGGCAGAAUAUGAACGUGACCGUGGCACCGAACUCGAGCGACAAGAGGGCGCGGAAGAGGGGGGGGAUUACGGUGGUGGAGGGUCCUUCGCAGCUACGAUUGAAGCCAACUCGGCAUCACCAGGAAUAGAGGAGGGGCAGGAGCAAGGAGCAAACAUGCCCUUCUAUCCGAAUGCCGAUGACAUCAACAACGUUGCGGCAGGCGAUGACGUCAUGGGUCUCGAUGACGAGGAUGGCGACAAAGGUGGCGACGGCACAUCCGAAAGCUUGGAAGGUAGCUUGGAGGGCACGGUCGCAACUACACGGAUCAGCAAUGGCGAUGCUAACCAUCGGCCAAGUAUCGAGUUUGGCACCAUCGUUGAGGCGGCGAAAACGAGAAACCGUUGGAUACCUCAGGUGGACGAAGUAUCCGGUAGCGUCUACUACCAGAACGAGGAAUCCGGACUGACUCAGUGGGACGUGCCUGAAGAUGCAGUCGUCGUUGCGGCUGAAGACGGAUGA